AUGUCGGGCCAUCCCCCCGGAUCGGGACCGCCGUACCCACCCACUUGGACAUCCGACGAUCCUUAUCAUCAGCCUCAGUACUCGCAGGGACAAUACCCUCCUCCUCCAGACACCGAGCGCUACUAUCCUCCACCUCCGGCGCAAUCGCAAUACCCUCCUCCUCCCCCCAUGGCUGCUGUUCACCAACACCAAAGGCAAGAUCCUUAUCAGUUGCCUCCACCGCCUCCAGGCUACCCCCCAGACCCCUAUGGACAACCUGGAGUCGUCUACCAGGCUGCAGCACCGCGCCAACGAACAGCAAUUGCGUGUCGCUACUGUCGCCGACGGAAGAUUCGUUGCUCCGGGUUUGAAAGCUCAUCGGAUGGGCGGUGUACUAACUGCGUGCGAUUUAACCAAGAGUGCAUGUUCACACCCGUCUCGUCACAGGCGCAAGCAUUUGUCCCCGCACAUGCCGCCUACCCUCACCUACGCAACGCCGGACCAGGCCCCCGCGGUGGCCCUAUGACACUCUACGGAGCCCACGGACAGCCUCUGCCUCCUCACCAGCAACAGCAAGGUGAAUCUACCUUGCCGCCGCCUCAAGGGAUGUACCCGCACUAUGGUGGAGCACCCCUUGCAUCAUCGAUGCCGGAUCCGAGACAACCUGGUGGUCGACGAGGUUCAGGCUCUGAGCCCGCUUAUCCCGAUCCGACAAAUCUCGCUCCCGUUACUCCCGCCGGGUCCAUCCCGGGAUACCAGACCUCCAGCCCCUACUAUGCACCUCACCCGCAGGAUCGACGCGGCUCGCCUUCUGCCUACGGCUAUGAAGCCCGUCAUUCCUCUUCGCCCCACGGCUCGCCAUACCCGCCCAUUGCGCCGCCGCAAAGUGGUCCCACUCCACCUCCUUCGACCUCAGCGUCAACGCCCAGCGGCUCUGCUCGUGCGGGUCUGAAUGUACGCGACAUGCUGAACCCUGGCGAUCCUCACACUCGCAGUCCCGCCGAUAGCGACAUGCUCAAUGCGCUAAACCGGCGUGGUGGACCCGGUGGACCCGGUCACUAA